CCUUGAUGCUACACAGCAACGGUCCAUGGGAGAUUUGACCUUUUCCAUCGGAAUGUGCCACCCGUCAGGGCUGAGAGCACAGCGACUAUUACUGCAGACCAUUGCCACAGAAAACCACCCGACUACGUAUACCAUCGUGACUGCAUACUGAAAGUGACUACCCGUUCCUUCCGAGUCGUUGUUGGGUCCGUGUCACUGGGUCUGAGUUUGAAUUUUAGCGCUUGAGCGUGCAUCCGACGCAAAUCCGACGCGACCACGGAGGCUGCAGCUUAACAUAGCAUCUAAAAUUUUCUAGCCCAUGACAAGUACGGACAGGAAAUAUUGGCUUAUGAAAGCCGAGCCAGAUUCGCGUAUCGUAAAGGGCAAAGAUGUCAAGUUCAGCGUGGAUGAUUUUGAAGCUGCAAGGACGACGCCAUGGGAAGGAGUGCGGAACUUCGAAGCGCGUAACUUAAUGAAGGAGAUGUCCAUUGGAGACAAGAUAUUAUUCUAUCAUUCGAACUGCAAAAACCCUGGCAUUGCUGGGUUUGCUGAGGUGUCAAAGGAAGCGUAUCCCGACUACACGGCGUGGGAUAGCUCUCACCCCUACUUCGAUCUGAAAACCAAGCAAGACGAUCCGAAAUGGUUUAUGAUAGACGCCACAUUCCUAUCACGCGCUGAACAUUUUGUCCCGCUAUCUCUUCUUCGUCACAUCGCGGACUCGGCGGAUUCGGAUCCACCAGAUGAAUUUGCGUAUAUAGGGACGGAGGGAAUGAAAGCUGUGAAAGCGAUGCCCCUGGUCACACGGGGACGUCUAAGCGUCCAGCGGGUCAGCCAGGAAUGUUGGGGGAUCAUCCAGAUGAUGUCAGAAAAAGGUGGUUGGGAGGAGAUGGCAUUCGGGAAGAAAAAAUCAAGUACAUCAAAACGCUCGAAACAAGCUGCUACAAAGAAUUCCGAGGCAAAGACAAAUCCAACGGACAAUAACGGCGGCAACUCAGUCGAGGCAAGGGUUGGCGCCAGUGACGAACCCCUGAAAACAAAGAAAGGCAAGAAAAGGAAGGCAUCUGAUGUCGAUGCUGGAACCCAGGAGGUACCCCGCCGACGCUCUGUUCGUACCAAGAAAGAGGAUUGAUAGAUAUCUGCGUCCUUGCUGUACUUGUCACUACGGCCCUCACAUCCGAUGUAUUAGCUGCGGGGCAUUGCGAGGUAUAGUCCUUUCUCAAUUCUAU